AUGUUCAAUGAGAUCGAAGGGGAUUUCAAUGACAUGGCUAUAAGAACAUUUAAGGUCGGCCUGCCUGCCGAGCAUGAUUUGAGAAAGCCCUUGACCAAGAAGCUGGUAAGAAGUAUGUGUCAACUUAUGGAUCAUAUUAACGAAUACAAGCGGGUUAAGGAAGACCAACAGCAGGGGAAGGGAAAGGCUAAGGUUAUCCUUCAGGAGAGGAAGGAUUUCAAGUCGGACUGUUACAGCAAUAACAGACCCCAUAGGGAUUUUACUGGGCAAUCUGGGUCUACGGCUCCGCAGAUGGUUAACACAAUGUUCCGAGAACCAAUACAUCAGGAAGGAAGGUUGAAACAAUUCUUGUAUCAUCCCAAUGGGCAAGGGGGGCAGACCGGACCUGAACUCCAGAGAAAUGCUUCUUCGAGAGACCAUUUGGGCACAAUUAAUGUCAUUCUCGCUGCACCAGGAAAGAUUGGUUCUCACCCAUCCAGGGUUAUGUCUGUGGCUCGGCCACCUGCCGAGGACCCUGAACAUCAACCAAAGAGGGCUAAGGUGAAGAUCCGACCGACGUUGAGCUUCUCGGAGGAUGAUAAGGUUGGAACCAUACAACCACAUGAUAACGCCCUGGUGGUCACCCUCAAGAUAGGGGGUAUGAUGUAA